GCAUGAAAAUAUAAGCCAAGGAAUGCGUUAUUUCAGUUUAUUCUAAUGGCUUUUCGUAAUGGCAGUUCAUUCUUCAUCUCUACUCGGUCUUUCUGCUGCAGAUGUGCCCCCCUCUUCGCUAAGGCUAAACCCCCGGGUGGGGUUAGAGUGGGAGGGGCGAAAGGAGGGGCUUCAUCAACUGGGGCUAAUAUUACACUACCGAAAGAUGCGGAUUCACUUGCCAAUUACUGCAUUGGAGCUCAGGUAUACAAAGAUAAAGAUGACCCUGAAAUCAAUCCAGACAAUUCAGCUUACCCAGAGUGGCUGUGGACAAUUCGGAAAAACGGGCCACCUAUUUUGGAAGAGUUAGAUCCAGACUCAAUCGAAUACUGGCAGACGCUGAUUGAAAUGACAUACAAACAAGUUCAGAUUGACAGGCCCAAACCGAAACACAGAAAAAUCAAAGAUUUCUGAGUUUUUUUUUAUCGGAUGCAAUGUUUUUCAUGAGAUUUUUCUGAUGCUAGUUAAUUCUUGAGUAAAAUAAAAUUUGAUGACGAUUGAAAGUUUUUGAUGAUGAAAGUUUUUAGAUUUAUUAGAAGCAAAGUGGACCAAAUCGAAUUUUAGCAGACAAUAAUUCAGAUUGCAUACAAGUUCAGCUUGAUUGACUCGAACGGAAACACAGAAAAAUGAAAGAUUUCUGUGAUAUGCUAUUUUUUCAUUGUGUUUCUGAUUAUUUUUGUUCUUGAGUAAAAUUGAAUUUGUUGAUGAUUGAAACGUUUUGAUCUAGAAAUAUAAAAGGCACAAUUAGGCCAAACGAAUACUGGAAGACGCUUAUUGAGAUGACAUUGUAUUUACGAAAUAAUCUUUUGUGUGGUAAUAUCUUUGAAUUGAUUUUUGCAAAUAACACAAAGGUUACGAUAUACUGGCUGAUUGAAAUGACUUUUAUUCCGACCAUUGAAACUGGAAAGGAAAUUCGUAUUCGGGUGUGUUUAAGUUUUUUUCCACGCAAAGUCAGGUACCGCAAAUAAUCAUCCUACUGGGCUGAGUGAUAUAUCAUAUAAAAGCCCUUUGAGUCGUGAUUUGAACGACAUUAAAUACUUUCCAACAAAUUUUCCCAGUGUCGAGAAAAACGGGUUCAACAUUUCUGAUUUUUCGUCUAAUUUCGAGCU